ACACACACACACACACACACACACAAAAUAUAGUACAUGAACAAUAGCCCUGAUACACAUCACAUAUACAGAUACAUGUAAAUACAUCCAUAAACAACACAAUAACAAACAUAUCUAUGUAGACAGUAGCUAAAAGUAUUACUCAUAACAGAACCAUGUGAGGUUGUGUGUGUGUGUGCGUUUGUGUGUUAGUGAGAAUAAUCUCUAGAAUAUUACUUUGCUUUUCUGUGUACGGUGAAGUGGUGUGAUCUAAGCAUGAAGUGGUGUGAUCUAAGCAGACUGUCAUCAUAUAGGAAGUAGAGGAGUUUGUUAGAAGGACUGUAGUUGUAGAGAAAGUCACUUGUCUGUGGGGACAGAAUGGAGCACACCUUGUUCUGUUUGCUACUAUUGCUGAGUACACACAUCUACUCUGGACACUCUGAAGACGAUGAUGGACAGGCAAAGGCUGUUCUGACCAAACACCCCAAACCCUCCCAGAUAUUCAGUGGAGAAUCUGUCACUCUCAGAUGUACCAUACAGAGGGGAAAAGUCACUGACUGGAAAUACACAUGGAGCAAGGAUGGUGUAGACUUACCCAGUCGGAAGCAUAAAUAUGAGAUCAGUGGGGAUAAUAUUUCAAACAGUGGUGACUACAGGUGUCUGGGUAAACAUAUUGGUAAUGGGACGUAUUCUGAGUGGAGUGAUGUAGUCAGACUGACAGUGACAGCUCUGCCUACAGCCUCAGUGAAGAUGGUCACUACCCAGGAGACACUGUAUUCUGGAGACACAGUCAAGCUGCAGUGUGUCAUAUCAAACUACACAGACUGGACGUACCACUGGUUAAUAAAUAAAGAACGGCUUUCUAGUCAGACCAGUAAAACCACCACCAUCUCUCUCUCUGAUCAGGCUGGUCAGUACCAGUGUCAGGGGACAAGGACAAGACGGCCCCAAAAUUCAUAUCUCAGCUCAUCUCUCCACAUUAGUGUCACUACUCUUCCUGAAACUACACUGAGCGUGUAUCCAAACCCUGCAUACACUGGAAAGACAGUAACUCUGACGUGUUCAGUGGGGUCUGACAGUGGCUGGAGGUAUAUAUGGUACAAAGACAACACUAAGAAAGUAGUGACCUUGUCUGGCAGACACACUACAACAGGAGCCACCUUCACCAUCAGUAGUGCUGCUGAGUCUGACCAGGGUCUCUACUGGUGUCAGGGAGAGAUCCAGUCCAGAUCCAUAUCAUCAAUCAUCAGCGAUCCUGUCACUAUCACUGUGAAAGAGAGACCUGCGGCUGUUCUGACCCUCCAACUCAACUGGCCCCAGAUUUUCAGUGGAGAGACUGUCACUCUCAGAUGUGACAUACAGGGGGGAGAAAAGAUUGAGUAUGCUUUUUAUAACAGUGGGAUGUCGGUCUACACCAAAACAGAGCCUGAGUACAGAAUCAGUCCUGCAAAGAAUGGUCUAUAUACCUGUGAAGGUCUUCAGAAAAGAAAUGGCUUAAAACACUCCCAGACAAGUAAUGCUAUACAAUUGACCGUGUUAGAUCAACCCCAAGCUGUCCUAAGUGUCUCUCCUCAGUGGCUGAACCCUGGAGACUCAGUUACUCUGAGCUGUGGGGUUAAAGAGUCAUCUACAGGCUGGAGGUUCUUCUGGUACCAAACUGUUCCCUACACAGCUGGGUUACCCUCCCUAUCAGAAAGGUCCUAUUCUGUAGAGCCUCUAUCUGGCAGUGGGACUAGUGAAGACUCCUACACUCUGAUCCCUGCUGGUCCUAGUCACACAGGAGGAUAUGUGUGUAGAGCAGGGAGAGGAGACCCAGUCUAUGACACAAUCUACAGUGAACCUCAGUUUUUCUGGUCAGGAGAUCCGCAAACUUCAGUGUCUCUCAAAAUAAGACCUAACAGAAAUCAACACUUUACAUCAAAGUCUCUCUCACUAAGCUGUGGGGAGAAGGGGAACUCUACUGGAUGGAGACUGAAGAGAUACAGAGAGAAAGCAGUGGAGUCAGGAUGUGGCUCUAACUGGGGAUCAAUAGCAGGGUCCACAUGUACCAUCAGAUUCACACGUAAAAAGGACAGUGGAGUUUACUGGUGUGAGUCUGGAUCAGGAGAGUACAGUAAUGCUGUCAACAUCACAGUGGCUGAUGGCCCUCUGAUCCUGGAGAGCCCUGCCUAUCCCAUAACUGAGGGAGACUCUGUGACUCUACGCUGUACAAAUAGAAAUCAGGAAACAAAACCGAACCCCAAGGUUGAUUUCUACAAAGAUGGAGUACUCAUCAGGAAUGAGACCACAGGAGAAAUGACCAUCCCUGCAGUGUCCAAGUCAGAUGAAGGCUCCUAUAAGUGUACAUCUAUUAAAGUAAUAUCACCAGAGAGCUGGGUGACAGUGAGAGGCGUAACUCCUGGACCCUCUACAUCAGUCCUAGUAGGAGUGGUUGUGGGCCUGGUUGUUGCUGGUGUUCUACUGGCCAUUCUCCUGGUACUGCUGUGUCGAUAUAAAAAAGCCAAAAGGUGA